GAGUUCGGUCUCCUUACUUCUCCUCCGUGAUUUUUUUGCUUUUUGUGCGGUUCCGUGUUUUAUGGUUUUGUGUUAGAUAUCCGCCUUUGGGUGGAGGCGUUGUGAGCUUGUUUGAGCUGUUCUCGCGAUAUUAAUAUCUGAUCGCAAUCACCGACAGUUUCCACAAAGAUGCCAUCAGUCAUGACAGAUAUUAUGACCUUGAUCCAACAUGAAAUUCCUGAAGGAAGACAAAACAUUCAUGACAGCCACACCAAUCUUGAAAAGGUUGCGGAGUACUGCGAGGCCAACUACUUUCAGGCAGAUAAUAAACACGCAGCCCUGGAAGAAACAAAACGUUACGCCACACAGUCCCUGGCCAGUGUUGCUUACCAGAUCAACACGCUUGCCUACAACCUGCUGCACUUGCUCGACCUGCAGACCGCGCAGCUGGCAGAAAUGGAGUCCCAAGUGCACCACCUUUCCCAGACGGUGAUGAUACACAAGGAGAAGGUAGCACGAAGAGAGAUUGGAGUGCUCACUGCCAAUAAAAGUGCUACGCGGCAGCACAAGAUCCUGGCCCCUGCUAGCCAGGAGCGCCCCGUGAAAUAUAUUCGUCGUCCCAUCGAUUACAGUGUGCUAGACGAUGUGGGUCAUGGGCUGCGAUCCAUGGCCAACAACGGAGCUAACAGGACGCGGAGGGUACCUUCUUCGCAGGUGUGUUCCGCGAUGUUUGCCCCCCCCCUUUUGUUUGGGACUCCUAGUCAUUUGUUGACGUGCGGGUACUCAUUUUCGCAGUCCCUGAUAAAUGCUGGGCCAGCUCCUACAACGAAGCCACCCACUCCUCCCCAAGCAAAUCGUGGAGUCACAGUUGGUUCUCUGACUCGAGGAGCUAGGGAGUACAGAACUCCCGCCCCUCCAAUUGCACCUCCUCAGGUGCCCAGCAACUAUGCGGCCAACUACCCACUUGGACAUCCCAGAAGAGGUAGCGGAUACUCCACACUGCCAGCACAUGGCCAUCACAGCUCUGGACAACACCCAGCCCCGCAGCGCACACCUCCUCCGAGUCUGUCCAGUCAGCCCCAAGUGGGCAUGGUGCACCCUAUGAGCCAGCAGCACGUUCCACAGCCCCAGCCUCAGUCCCUGCCACACCACAUUCCUCAAGCGACUCAGCAGUUGACAGAUCCUCCGGUGAUGAGUUCCAGCGUUACGGACCGCUUGCCGGAACCACCACCGCCACAUAUGGUUCCUCCGGUGGACUACGACCAUCAGGGAAACGUUUCGCCUCCACUUCCCCCUCCGCCACCUCCUGUUGCUGAGAACUUGUACUCGGGUAGUUAUGUUCCGCCUUCCCCACCAGCCUACGGGCGGCAACACUUGGAUGGGGAGCACGACUGGGUGCCAAAGAAUUACAUCGAAAAAGUGGUUGCAAUCUACGACUAUACUGCUGACAAGGACGAUGAGCUGUCAUUUUCAGAAAGCUCUCUCAUCUACGUUGUGAAGAAGAAUGAUGAUGGAUGGUAUGAAGGGGUAAUGAAUGGUGUAACUGGAUUGUUCCCUGGCAAUUAUGUUGAGCCGUUAAUGUGAGUUGUAACGUCCAGUCAGUGUUAUUUGCAUUCCAGGACUUGUGCAGCAUAGUGUUAAGCCUGCACCCAAUUACACGUUGUGUGUGUGUAGUUUUUUUUUUUUUCUUUUAGCUUCAUCAAAGAAAACACAGACACUUUGAUUUGUCAGUAUUUAUACAUCCUUAUUGCGCAUGCCUACAUGAUGCAUUCUCAUCAUAAAGCAAUUCCAUGCUAGAGUGCAGGAAGAAACACACAAGACUAAAAGACACAACUGACGCAAACAAGCACUCAGACAAAUUUCUUUUUUCUCAUGAGAAUGUAUGUAGGUGUGUUUUUGUAGUGUGGUAUCAUUGGAAUAGUAAGUGUGCAGUUUUUCUAAAGCACACUUUGUUGCUCGAAUAAAUUAUCUUCACCUUUCUGGCACUUUUUUACCUUCGGAAUUCUCCUGUGCAGCUGCUUUAUAUUCUUGUGAAUGGGACUGAUGUGUUUGCAGUGGGGUUAUACGUGUAUUUGGAUUUUUGGAAUACUGAAGCAAACAAUUGUGUAUUAGAUUUGAAUUCAGAUUCGCAUAUGGAAUCAUACUUGCAUAAAAAAACAGCAGCAGAGGCAUAGAAGACAAGGAAAGGGUAAGGACCUAUGAACAACAGGCAUGGACAGCUGCUGUAUAUGGAAUGCUGUGCAAAGUUCAAGUCAAAGGGAUGUUACUUCCAAACCGAAUACGUUUGAGUAGAAGGUUUCAAAGCUGCACUGUAAGCUCAAAAACGCCAGAAGAAGGGUUACAAACUGAGUGCUGCUUCACACAAAAGUCCUUAUGCAUAUAUUAUAUAGAUAUGCUGUAUAUUUGCUAUACAUAUAUGCUGUGGUUCGGUUUGUAUAUAUAACUGUUUGCUCUGUAUUCACUCUAACUACAUAACUAUUUGCUUGGGCAUUAAAAUUACUAUUCGCAUC